AUGUAUCGGAAGUUGUCUAAGUUAGAACACUCGGAAAUAAAACAACUUCUUACAGAAGCUAAUAUAGAUGUUGCAAAGCAUUACGCAACAAACAAAAAAGCACUCGCUGACUUCAUUAAAGACUAUAAUGGUGCAAUAAGUUAUGAUAGAAUUCAUGAGUUCAUAAAGCCGCAACGCGGCGAGGACGAAGUCCAUGCAAUAGCAUUUCCUUUAAAUGACGUUGCUAUUGACUUAUAUCAUAGACGUUCAGUACCUCAUGAAGUAAGAAGAGAGAUGUUUGACAUAACAAAUGCGAACGUUGGUCAUACUCGUAAAGCUCUUUCGCAUGAAGUAAGAAGAGAAAUGUUUGACAUAACAAAUGCGAACGUUGGUCAUACUCGUAAAGCUCUUUCGCAUGAUGUUCGUCAAGAGAUGUUUGACAUAACAAAUGCGAACG